UCGUUAUGACUGAUAUCACGAGCGACGAAACAGUUACUCCAGUUGUGAAUGCUGCCAAGUACGACAGACAGCUGCGACUGUGGGGAGAUCAAGGGCAAAAGUGCCUGGAAAAGGCGCAGGUGUGUCUAAUCAACGCCACUACAGUAGGAACUGAAACCCUGAAGAACCUCAUUUUGCCCGGAAUCGGAUCUUUUACCGUAAUAGACAGCAACCUCGUCACAGCGAGAGACCUCGGUAACAACUUUUUCGUUACACGAGAUGAUGUCGGAAAACCGAGAGCCUCUGUAGUGUGCGAGAACCUCCAGGAACUGAACCCGGACGUUCGAGGAAUCGCCAUUGAGGAAUCCUUGGAUUGCAUUCUGGAGAAAACUUCCGAUUUUUUCAUAGAUUAUUCAAUCGUUUUAGCGUGUUUGCCAUUAAGUGAGUCUGCUUUGAAGCGACUAGCUGAGUCUUUAUGGCAUCGCAACAUACCUUUGAUUAUUCCUCGAGUCUGUGGUUUUUGGGCGUGUAUAAGAAUGGUUUUCAAGUCGCAUUACGUCAUCGAGGCACACCCAGAGGCAGUUAUCCACGAUUUGAGAUUGGAUAAACUUGAUCACAUUCCAGGCUUAAGAGAGUUUGCUGAUUCGCAAGAUCUUGAUACGAUGAGGCGUGAAAAACAUUCACAUACGCCAUAUUUGAUUCUUUUGAUUAAGUUCCUGGACCAGUGGUAUAUUAACGAAGGUUGCACUGAAAUGCCAUUGAAGUAUAAAGAUAAAAAGCGGUUCCAGGAACUGCUGGCUGCAGGAGUGAAAACCAAAGAUGCAGAUUCUGAAGGCCCGGAGGAUGAAGAAAAUUUCAACGAGGCAUCAAAAGCUGUGAAUACUGCAUUCAUAAGAACUACAGUUCCUCAAAAUGUACAAAAUUUAUUCGAACAUGAAGCUUGUCUCAACAUUUCAGCCGAAAGUCCAGACUUCUGGAUCAUAGUGCGAGCUAUCAAGCAGUAUGUUGUAUCAGAAGAGGGUAAAGGUUGUCUACCAUUGAGUGGAACUAUUCCAGACAUGACUUCUGAUUCAGAAAGAUACAUCAAACUGCAGUCUCUGUAUCAAGAGGCGGCUAAAACAGCAUCGACACAUGUUGCCAAACACGUCGGUGAAAUUCUGCGCAGUAUUGGACGGAGUCAGGACUCAAUAAGCUUCGCAGAAAUUCGAAGGUAUUGCAAGAAUGCGCCCGGUUUAGAGAUGAUAAAUACCAGUUCGCUUAAGGUCGAGUUCGAAAACGCCGAUGUCCAGUGCAAUGUCGCGAAUAGAUUGCUCAAAUUUUUGCCAAUGGCCGGUGAAAAUGAUCCGACAAAUUUGUUCAACAUUUACUUACUUUUCCUUGCCUCAGAUGAGUUUUACUCGCUAAAUCAAAGGUACCCGGGGGAUUGUGACAGCAAAAACUGUGAAUCCGAUGUUCUACAACUCAAACAAUGCAUAUCAAAUGUGGUCAGCAGGCUAAACGGAUCCAGCUCUCCCAGUCAUUUUUCAAUGCCAAAUGAUUUAGUUACGGAAAUGGUUCGAUUUGGAGGUGCUUCUCUGCAUGUUACGGGUUCGUACUUGGGAGGUGUUGCAUCUCAAGAAGUGAUCAAACUUUUGACUAGUCAAUAUGUACCAUUCGCAGACCUAUAUGUGUGGGAUGGAAUUUCAUGUACUUCAGAGAGUUUCAAGUUCUAAUCUUCAUUUUCAGAACUCAUCAUGUUUCUCAUUUAGACCUGACUGUUAACAAGGAAAAACGUUAUAUUUAUCUUGUUUUGUUUUCAUGCCUCCACAAUCCUUAGAAAUUUAAUCAAAAACUUG